UCUGUAUACACGGUGGUGGUAUGCUGUUCCAACAACAUGCCUUUCACUGACAUAUACCUAAAACAUCCUGAGCGGUCAGGGGAGUUUGACAGGUAAGUUCAGAGAUACUCUACCAUGUGUUGCUAUUCUUACUCAAGUGUCUCCCAGUGCCACGUGUCCAAGUGAUAUGAAAGAAAUGUGUCUACGAGGGCGAACAUUUCCGUAGGUUGUGCACAGAGACAGCUGAGACAGAAUGAGCUGGACAAGAGGUCUGGCCUCAGCCUGUCCUUUCUGGACUGGACGUGGAAAUGACAGCAAUGUGAGGACACUUGAAUCCAACCUGCUUUACGAGAACCAGAAAUCCAACGAUCAUCCCAACAGGAACUAUGCAGGAAAUGGCAUCAAGACCACAAAAUACACCAUCUGGUCUUUCAUCCCUGUGAACCUAGUGGAACAAUUCCGACGGGUCGCCAAUAUUUAUUUCGUGGGCUUGGCGGUGCUGAACUUUGUCCCAGCGGUGAACGCUUUUCAGCCACAGGUGGCCAUCAUUCCCAUUUGUGUCAUUCUGGCUUUGACCGCUAUCAAGGAUGCUUGGGAGGAUUUCAGACGCUACCAGAGUGAUCGCCAGCUCAACAGCAUGCCCUGCCUCGUCUAUAGCAGGAGCCAGCGGAGCUUUGUGGAGAAAAGAUGGAAGGAUGUACGUGUGGGGGAUUUUGUCCGAGUGCUCUCCAAUGAGAUCGUCCCAGCAGACAUCUUGCUCCUGCACACGUCCAACCCUAACGGAGUGUGCCACAUGGAGACGGCCAAUCUGGAUGGCGAGACCAACCUUAAGCAGAGGAAAGUGGUGCCUGGUUUCUUCACACCGAAUACUCAGUUUGAGCCGCUUAAAUUCAACAGAACUGUGGUUUGUGAGGAGCCCAACAACAACCUGAACAAUUUCAAUGGCUUUCUACAAAAAGACAUGGAGAAGACAGGCUUUGACAUUGAGAGCGUAUUACUACGUGGAUGCACUGUCAGAAAUACAGAUCAUGCCUCAGGGAUAGUGGUGUAUGCAGGCCAUGAGUCCAAGUCCAUGCUAAACAACGACAAGCCAAGGUACAAACGUAGCAAGCUGGAGAGAAAGAUGAACAAGGACGUCCUCUUCUGCGUGCUUCUACUCUUCUGCAUGUGUCUCAUAGGAGCCACGGGCCAUAUCUAUUGGUUGGAGACUUUCCCUAGCAUCCCAAGCUACUUUAUUCCCGAAACUGAUGGGACUUUUAUCCAGCCACUGCGAGCAGGAAUCUACAUGUUCCUUACCAUGAUUAUCCUACUGCAGGUGAUGAUCCCAAUUUCACUCUACCUGUCCAUUGAGCUGGUGAAGAUUGGCCAGGUGUUCUUCAUCACUCAAGACUUGGACCUGUAUGAUGAGGAGAAGAAUUCUCGGGUCCAAUGUCGUGCUCUUAAUAUCACAGAGGACCUGGGGCAGAUCCAGUAUGUCUUCUCAGACAAGACAGGGACUCUGACUGAGAAUAAAAUGGUGUUCCGCCGCUGCACAAUAAUGGGAACUGAAUUCCCUCACGAGGAUAACGCAACACGAUUGGCCAUUCUGGCAGGGGAGAUAGAUCAAGAUGAAGAUGUUGUUUACCAACAGAACAGUCAACCUUCUCUAUUUUCUCUGGAGGCUGUCCAGGAUGUCCCAGUGGGAGGCAGAGCGAACUUCAACACUUAUGCCAAGAGUGGAUUUUACAGGCCAAGGGUCUUAGCAGGAACCCCUGGAAGAUUUGCUUUCAGCAGCCCACUGGAAACUGAGGUGAUUCCAGACCAGACAUUGCUCCAGCUAGUAGAAGAUGCUGAGUGUGGGAGGAAAAAUGCACACUACCUGGAGUUCUUCCUGGCUUUAGCCAUCUGCAACACUGUAGUGGUUUCAACAAAAGCUGCCCAGAGACAAAGGGCUAAAGUGAAACGUAGCACUUCUCACUCCAAUUCACAAGGGUGUAUGGAGGGCCUAUUGAAUCAGGCAGCAUCAUUUAGGAAGCUGAUCGCAGGCAAAAGAAAGUCCUCUGAGCCUUUUCCCAUGGACUCCAUGGGAUCUCCUGUCAUCGAUGUCCCCAGUUUUUAUGGUUCUACAGAGAGCCUUUAUGAAGGCAGGAGCAGUUGGGGGUGGGACAAGACCGGAAGCAGUCUUUCUGUGAUAGAGGAUGUUUGCUAUGAGGCUCAGAGUCCAGACGAAGCAGCUCUGGUGCAUGCAGCCAAGGCUUACGGCUUCACCUUAAAGGAACGGACACCUCAUCAUGUAACUGUCCAGCUGCCUCAAGGAACACUGCUUAGGUUUGACGUGCUGGAUGUUUUGGCCUUUGAUUCAAACAGGAGGAGGAUGUCUAUAAUAGUGCGUCAUCCUGAAACCAAACAGAUUGUAAUGUACACAAAGGGUGCAGACUCUUGCAUCAUGGAGCGAGUACAGAAAGACAAACCACACCUGAAAAGUAAGGGUACAAAUAUUGUACAUAAGACUCAGAAUGACCUUGACACGUACGCCAGGGAUGGUUUACGGACCUUGUGUUUUGCAAGAAAGGUUAUAAAUGAAGAAGACUAUGAGAACUGGUUAGUUAUGAGACAAGAAGCCAAGGCAGCCAUAGAGGACAAAGAAGAGCUACUCACAGACACUGCAGCUUACAUGGAAGAGAACCUCACACUGCUGGGGGCCACUGGAAUUGAGGACCGCCUACAAGAAAAUGUUCCAGAAACCAUCCAGUCCUUGAGAGAGGCAGGAAUGAAAUUAUGGGUGCUGACCGGGGACAAACUUGAGACAGCUGUCAACAUUGCCUACUCCUGCAAGCUACUGGACCAGAAUGACCUGGUGUUCACUUUUAAAGUGCCAAACAAGGAUGCCUGUAGGAACAUGCUGAAUGGAGCUUUGAGUGAGAUACCUCAGUUUGGGGGUGAGAUGCCCAGAAUUGGUUUGGUGAUUGAUGGUCAAAUCCUGGGCCUGCUCCUGAAUGACGAUCUGCAGGCUCACUUCUUGCGGUUAUGCCAACAUAGCCGCUCUGUGCUGUGCUGCAGAGCAACACCACUGCAGAAGAGCAAAGUCGUCACACUGCUGCGUGACAGGCUCAAGGUCAUGACUCUUGCUAUAGGUGAUGGUGCCAAUGACGUAAACAUGAUUCAAGCAGCAGAUGUCGGUGUGGGAAUAUCAGGGCAGGAAGGCAUGCAGGCUGUUAUGGCCAGUGACUUUGCAAUAUCUCGCUUCAAACACCUGAAGAAGCUUCUUCUGGUUCACGGUCACUCCUGUUACACACGACUGGCAAACAUGAUCAUCUAUUUCUUCUACAAGAAUGUGGCUUACGUCAACCUCCUGUUCUGGUACCAGUUCUUCUGUGGCUUCUCUGGCACGGCCAUGAUUGACUACUGGUUCAUGAUUUUCUUUAACCUCAUCUUCACAUCCACUCCACCCAUCAUGUUUGGCAUCAUGGACAGUGAGGUUUCUUCUAACAUGCUCCUCCAUCUGCCUGAACUCUAUAAAAGAGGCCAGCGUUCUGGGGGAUACUGUCGUACAACCUUUUGGAUAGCUAUUGUAGAUGCCUUUUAUCAGAGUCUUGUUUGCUUCUUUGUCCCAUACUGUACAUACAAAGGAUCUGAUAUUGGCAUCUUCUCUUUGGGAACCCCCAUGAACACUGUGUCUUUGUUCACCAUCCUUCUUCACCUGGCAAUUGAGAUCAAGAGCUGGACAGUGGUGCACUGGGUGAUCAUGUUGGGGAGUGUCUUGGUGUUCUUCAUCGUGACUCUGGCUUUCAGCGCCCUCUGCAUCAGCUGCAACCCCCCUUCAAACCCAUACUGGAUCAUGCAGCAGCAAAUGCAAGACCCUGUUUUCUACCUGGUCUGCAUUUUAACCACAGUUGUAGCACUGCUGCCAAGAUUCACAGUUCAUGCCCUGAGGGGAACACUAGUGCCCUGUGAUCACCUCAAGGCGAGGCAGAUAGACCAGCUGGCCCCAGCCCAGCGGGAAAUGUGGCUCACAGAGUGGAGGAGCCUAAAAGACCUGUGCAGCUCCUACCCCAGCCUGUCCUCCUCCACACGUAAGCGUUCAGCUGCAGCUACAGUCCACGAUGCAGCUUAGUGCUGCAGCGCUCUCGACAAUAAUGUAAAAUACAGGAGAAAAGGAGCUCAAGAACUGGCUUUUUAGAGACUGAACAUUUUAUUACAAUUUCAUACUUACUUGAACUUUUGCCCAAAGCCCAAAGUGUGUAAGGGUAACACGCCAUAGAUAAAAGUAAAGACAUCAUGAUUAUGCAAAGAAUACUUUAAUGCAGUGUUAAAAUAGUGAACUGGGCUGAUUCAAGGAAUAACCCAAACAGCACUGAGCCAUGCUUACUCAGUUGCUGAAUCAGCUUCCUCCAGCCUUUUCUCCACUAACAAGCCUCAUGGAUUAACCAUGGAAUUUAACUCCAAGUAGAUCUCUGAGGUUCUUUCAAGCUCUGUGAGAAGUUCAGACUAUUAUGCUGCACAUUCCAUUCUGGUCGAUCAAUGCACCACCCACAGUUUCUCAGUAAACACCUCGAAAUGAGCUGCUUUUCUGGACUUGGUGAUUUGAAGUGGCGUUGGCUUCCCCGUGAGAAACCUACUUUCACUGUGAGAAACCUCAUUUGUAUUCAGAGGCGCUUCGAGCUGCUCAUGAAAUAAUUGAGGAUUGCAGAUGUUACAUAAUAUCUCGGUAUUUUCAGUUCAUGAAUCCAUGUUGACAGCAUGCUGGGCUUGAUGGUGAGAGACAGAAACACAAGUAUUGCAGCAUGAUAUAGAAGCAUCUCUGACUACUUUAUGUUUAAUUAUUUAACAUUAUAUUUAACUAGAUUGUGUGUGUGUGCGUGCAAGUGUGUGCAGGAAUACAAACUAAUUGCAUCUCUGACGUGUCAUUGACGUUCCUCUUUCUUCAAGGAAAACAGUGAUGAUUCCACACAAAUGGCCGCAUAGUGAGAUAAAGCUGAGUAAAUCUCAGUCUUCUCUUCUACCUCUUGCUUAAGUGCCCUCUGUAGCUGAAGCUUGCAAUAAAAUGGGUCUAGGAGUGAUUCGAUUUGGAGAGCUCGUUGCAUUUUUAUGUAAUGAUGUCAGAGCCUGUAUGAAUGGACCAUUUUUGCCAUCUUGUGUUGGACUGCUGAACUGCAAAUUGUAUCUAUAC